GCUAGUGACAGAAGUUACUGUUGACAAAAUGUUUUUGGACUAAAAACGCAAUAAUACGUCCUCAUUUGAGAGUUUGGUAGCUUUAGUUUAAAUUGCCGAGUCUUAUUGACACUUUUUUUCAUGCUAACGUUACUACUCUUUCGUGGAGCUUAAACUAGCUAACGGUGAAUUUAUCGGUGAAAUUCACGAAUACCGUACGCCUUCGAGAUAAUGUACUGCCUAAUCUGUAAACGUGAUCUCUAGUGAUUAGGAACCGGCUUAUGACUGCGGGGUAGCGGCCGUCUUACCAGAAUGAGCUCAUCAACAGCUGGGGACGGAGAGCCUGGGAUGCCCUGGGACACUGCUAGGGAAGACAUUGGUGGCUCCAGCAGCACAGGAGAUUACAGCAAACAUGAGUCUGCAGUUUGCUUAGGCAAUGGUGAGGUAAAAAGCUGUGCUGUCGUCAAGUAUUCUGCUGCACCACCUCCUACCACCUACGCCCUGCUGCAGGAGAAAACAGACCUGAAGCUGCCACCUGCCAACUGGCUGAGAGAAAACCCUCAGUUGGGCAGUGCUGGUACCACUGUGUUAGGCUCCAGCAGCAAGUGCAAGCCUUUCUCCAGUUUUGGGAUGGCUUAUGACUUCAUUGACUGCAUCGGAGAUGAUGUUGAUGUGGUUUCAGACUCUGAGAACAUCAAGAAGCUUUUGAAAAUUCCCUACAGCAAGUCGCAUGUUAGUAUGGCUGUUCACCGCGUUGGAAGGACGCUGCUUUUGGACGAGUUGGACAUUCAGGAACUCUUACGCAGAUCCUCACAGACCAGGGAUUGGACCUGGCUCAAAGAGAUUUAUCAGCGACUAAUAGAUCAAAAAUGGCAAAGAAAAAAGAAGAGCAAAGAGAACUGGUACCAGAAAGCCAUCCUAUCCAAGUUCCUCUACUACAGCAUAAACGGUGAUGGGGCUGCAGAGCCUGUGUCACAUGACAUUGAUAAAGAAGAUGAGGAGAAUGAAGCCGAGGAGUACAGCUCCACAUGGCCUGCCACUUUCACCAGCACAAUGUCUGACGCAGAAGAAUCAGAUAUGCCCAAACAGGAAAGCGUUUCUGUGGACAGCACGUUUGCUCUGGGUCAGGUGACGUCGGUACCCAAAGAGCAAAACCUCCCCACUCUUUUUAACGAAGGGGAAAACAGUCAGGGUUUAAGGAACGAUUUUGUACGAAACAUCAUGUGGACGUUUGAGGAUAUCCACAUGUUAGUUGGGUCCAACAUGCCGAUCUUCGGAGGAGGUCGCUAUCCUGCUGUCAGCUUGAGACUCAGGGACAGCAAUAAACCAAUCAACGUUCUGACAGGCAUCGACUACUGGCUGGACAAUCUGAUGUGUAACGUCCCGGAGCUGGUCAUGUGUUUUCAUGUCAAUGGCAUUGUUCAGAAAUAUGAAAUGAUAAAAACAGAAGACAUCCCUCAUUUGGAGAAUUCAACUUUCUCCACGAGGGUGGUGAAAGACAUCGCCCAGAACAUCCUCUCCUUCCUGAAGUCCAACUGCACUAAAGAAGGCCACACCUACUGGCUGUUUAAAGCCAGUGGGAGUGACAUCGUGAAGCUUUAUGACCUCACUACUUUAUGUGAGGAGGCAGAAGAAGAGAAACACCAGAAUCCCUUCACUCUUCCCGUUGCUGUGUUAUUAUACAAAGUGGCCUGCAACCUGAUGCUGAAGGUGAGGCAAAACAGAAAGCACUACGCAAAAAUCAGGACUCUGCUCUUAAACUGCAUCAAACUUCUUGAUGAGGAGAAGCAUCCUCAGAUCAUUGCCUCUGUCUACUACAUGCUGUCAGAGCUGUUCCGGCUGGAUGAGCCUCCUGAUGAAGACGGGGAGUCGCUGCGGGCCGGCGGCUUAGAAGACAGCUACAGUGAUGAAGACAGGGAGGAAGAAGAGGGGGAGGAGGAUGAUCUGACGGAGGACAGCGAUGAGAACGGAUCCUAUAGUAACUGCUCCAGGCCUCAGGAUGACAGUAAGGCGGUGGCCGUGAUUCGUUCUGUGGUGGAGCUGUCGGUUCCUGAGAAAUACAAAUCAACUCACCAGAUCAGACCAAGUUGUGCUUUUCCUGUUUCUCAAGACAAGGAGGAGCGAUGCAGACACGUCCUGAGCUACGUUUUAAAGGGACUGAAGGCUGUGGACAGUAGCGUCAAAAAGGAGAGCGAUCUCCCAGCUGCAGACCCGAACACACCCAUUCCCCUUAAAUAUGAGGAUGGAGGCGCUAAUGGAACAUCUGAGAAAAGCAUCUCCCUUCUGCUGGAAAGAGCAGGGUAUGUACAGGUGGACCAGAAGCACCCAACUCGCUCGGGGAUGAUCCCUGGCUCCUGGCAGCACCGUAUGAAGCUGCAGCUUUUUCUUAAAGCGUGCAAGGCGUACUACGUGCUGUCAGAUGCAGCCACAAACCUGCUGAAGUACGGGCGAGCUCUACGCUACAUCAAGCUUUCUCUGCAAUGUUACGAUGCUUAUUGUUCCAUUAGUGCAACGUUGCACUCACAAGUGCUGCAACUUCACAGCCAGUGCCUGUCGCUGUGUGGAGACAUCCAGCUGAUGUUGGCUCAGAAUGUCAGCAACAGAGCUGCUUACCUGGAGGAAUACAGCUAUCAAACCAAAGAGGACCAGGAGAUCCUGCACUGCCUGCACAGAGAGAGCAGCUGCCAGGCUUUCAAUAUGGCAACGGACCUGGCUAUGGAUCCUGAAUACCAGCUGUUUGUUAGCUGCAAAUGCUACGAAGCGGCACACGAACUUCUGAUCUCAGAGGACUCAAAAGAUCAACCCUCAGAUCAGCUUUCUCAGGUCCUCAAGAGACUCGGAAACAUCCGCAACGAGAUGGGCGUUUACUAUAUGAAUCAGGCUGCAGCCAUGCAGACGGAGAAAGAGGUGAGAAGUUCCGUGUCUGCAGCAGAGCAGGAGCUGUGGAAGAAGAGUUUUGGCUUCUUUGAGAAAGGAAUGAAGGACUUUGAGGCCAUCGGAGACAUCACCAACACGGCCUUACUGCUGUGUAACACAGGCCGGCUGAUGAGGAUCUGUGCUCAGGCCCACUGCGGAGCCUCUGCUGACGAGAGCAGAGGGGAGUUCUCACCGGAGGAGGCUCUGUACUACAAUAAGGCGAUUGACUACUACUUGCGAGCUAUGAAGUCUCUGUCCAGCAGAGAGAGUCACACAGCAGUGUGGGACAGUGUAAACUGGGAGUUGUCCACGACCUAUUUCACUCUAGCUACACUUCUGCAGGACUACGCCCCACUGUCCAGGAAGGCUCAGGAGCAGAUUGAGCGGGAGGUGACGGAGGCCAUGAUGAAGUCUCUUAAAUACUGCGACCUGCAGACAGAGUCUGCCCGUCAGCUGCUGUACCAGUACAGAGCCGCCACCAUCCACCACCGCUUAGCCUCCAUGUAUCACAGCUGCUUUCGUAAUCAGGUGGGGGACGAGCACUUGAGGAAGCAACAUCGCAGCCUGGCGGAGCUUCACUACGGCAAAGCUGUCUCUUUGUUCCUUAGCCUGAAAGAUGCUCCCUGUGAGCUGCUCCGCACGCUGCUGGAGAGGGUGGCUCUAGCAGAGUUUACUAUGGCAGGUCAGAGCAGCAGCGCCGCUAAACUGAAGAGCCUAAUUGGGGCGGUAGAGAUCAUGACAGAGACUCGUCACCCCUUUCAGCUGAUCUGUAAUGAGCUGCUAGAAGAGCAGACAGAACGGCAGUCGAGUGAAGCAGCUGCUCUCGAAUCAGCAGAUCGUCCUGAUGCGUCCACUGGCUCCACAUCUGGACUGGACCUCCAGGAAGUGAUGAAGUUAACCUGCGUUUUUGAGCCAAGUUUCUCCUUCUUGUUGCUUCAAACCAUCAAACUGAUGACGACAAUAAAACGAAAAGCUAGCAAUAAGGAUGAAGAGAUGCUAAAAACCUACAAGAACGUUUAUUCAAAGCUGCUGCGUGCCGAGAAAAACGCACCACUCCUCAGUCGGGUGGAGCUCUACAUCGAGCUCCUGCAGCAACUGACCCCACAAACAGGAAGUGACAUCACGGGAACAAGCACAGCUUAAAAACCCACUUACGCUCCUGCUCUCCUGUAGACUUCAUCUGAAAGACUUUUUUUAUGUCUGGAAAUGGCUUUUUAACAUCAGAUAUUAAUAAGCACAACCUCAGGAGGACAGUUGCUAUCCCUAAAAUUCUGUUCAGCAUUUAUUAGAAUCCAUUUGGACUGUACAUUUGUGUAAAGUUGUAGAUUCAUUAUAAUUUAUAUCAUUUUCCAGGAUUUGGCCAGAUCCGAAUGUCCGACUCUGGGAUCGUCUCAAUUUUCUACAGAAGAAAACUAGUCUUAAAAAUGUAAACAGAAAUUAAUUUAACUACAUCCCAGGAGAUGACAUCAUGUUUCUCAUCCUCAGCAAUACAAAGAGAGGCAUGCAACUAGGAAACCUGCAUUUGCUUCAAGAAAACUGUGCAAUAGAUCUGCAACAUUCAAUGCAAAUCCACCCUGCUGGUGUUUCAGAACGCUGUGUAUAAACGUGGACUGGUUUGUAUGCAUGUUUGCUUUGAGAAAUAAAAUCAUUUUAAAAUUCUUAUAAA